GCCGGCCGCGCGCCCGGGUGGGACGGGGUGGACUGGUGGGGCUCCCCCAGCAAGGGCGGGGAUGCUGAGUCACGGAUCUGUCACUGCUCCGCACCUCUCCGCAGCCCUCGGGGGCUAAAGCAAAAGUGAAAGUGGAUGCGCCUGGCGGGGCGGCCGGUCCCACAGCCGCGCUCGCCACCUCCCCUGGUCCUCGGCGUCGGGGUGUCGGGCUGGCACUGCGGGGCGCGCGGCCAUGACCUGGCUGCGGCCCCGCGGCGGCCCGGCCGACGCGCUCCCGGCACUGCUGCUGCUGCUGCUGCUCUGGCCGCCGGCGACUCGGGGCAUGAUCUGCCCUGCACCCACAUCGGUGGAACACGCAGACAUCCGUGUCAAGAGCUACACCGUGCACUCCAGGGAGCGAUAUGUCUGUAACACUGGCUUCAAGCGGAAAGCCGGCACGUCCAGCUUGACUGAAUGCGUGUUCAACAACACAACAAACACCACCCACUGGACAACUCCCAACCUUAAGUGUAUCAGGGACCCCUCCCUGGCUCAGAAAAAGCUACCACCCUCCACAGCAGCAACGGCAGGGGUGACCCCACAGCCAGAGACCCCCUCCCCUUCUGGAAAAGGACCCACGGGCACGGGCAGGCACACGUCCCCCCAGGCUCCCUCUCAGACAACUGCUGGGACCCCGCAAGGCACACCCUCUGCCUCCCACCAGCCACCAGACGCUAAUCCUUCCAGCUCCAGAGAUGUCAUCAUGUCCUCCAUCUCCGUGGUCAUGCUCUGCGUGCUGAUUGCAGUCCUCCCGCCACUAUGUCGCAUGAUCAGAUCAAGGCAAACUCCCCGGCGGCGGCACAGUGUUGAAAUUGAAACUGUGGAAGCUCUGCCAAUGAACAACAGCAGAGAGGAAGACGACGGGGAAACCGGUCCACACAACCUCUGAAAUGCAGGGAGACCAGCCUGCCUACAUCUGGGGAGGAGCCGCCUUCACAUUAGCUGCAAAGAACUGAGAAGACAGGCAGGGAGGUGGUACUGGGAACACGCUCACCAAGACAAGUCAGACACCUCUGGUGUGAUCUUGCCAGCUGCGUCCGGCCCAGGCGCCUCUUGGGUGAGCAAAAAGGUUCUUCAGUGUUCGGGCAGAUACCAUCUGCCCACCUGCCCAGCACAGGCGACGGCUUCCCAAGGUUGAAGAAGCUAAAGCUCCCCCAGGAGAGGCUGAAGGUUUCAGGGCACGUUUUAUUUCAGUGUGGAGAGGCUGAAGGCUUCAGGGCACAUUUUAUUUCGGUGUGACAUGUAUUCAGAACAGCUAUCAGCAUGCCUUGGUUUACAGAGAAAAGUAACACGUGUGCACCAGGCUCUCAGUCAGUUCAGAAGCCCCACCGCAGCUUGGGAGACGUCUUCAGGGAAGACCCAGGCACUGGAGUGCGCACCUUGCCCCCCACACCCCCACUGUGUUCAGCUGCUCGGUGUGCGCUGAAGGGGAGCCAGAGAGGCAGAAGAGACUCGGAGCCCAGGGAGUCCAGAUCCAAAGGUCAGAAAGAACAGAAGGGAACUCACUGACACUUUGGAUACAUGCGCCUUUAUAUUUAUACUUCCUUCUCUACAGUAUCCACGUGUCGUGUGUGACUGGCAUUUUGCAACUGUGCCUUGUGAAAACAAAAUAAAGUAUCUAUUUUCAGUAUUAAAAAAAUGCACCGAGAGAAUCACCAAGGAGAAAUGUUCCACAAAGAAAUAAAGAGGAGAAAUCAGGAAAC